AUGGUCAAGCUGCGUGUUUCCGUCGGUGGAACCUACACCGAUCUAGCCAUCGUCAACUGCAACGACGAAUUGCAGCCCAUCGAGUUCGAUGCCCCCAACUUCAAAGGCCGCGCCGUCGUCCGUAUCAAGGACUUUGUCGGAAUCACCAAUGACGGCUCGGAUCCCAUCACCAACGCGGAUUACUUCAAGUCGCGCAACCGCCGCUUUUCCUUCCAGAUUGAAGGUCGCUUCAAGAAGGAGUGGGAUGGUCAGCAAGUUUACUUUGGUACGGAUUUUGACAGGUCAGUCGAGCUGCCUGAUGGCUUCGAGAUGAUGUUGAAGGUCUGCCGCUAUAUCGAUCCUGUUGUCCGAACCUCGCUCACCAAGGAUGGAAAGCCCUGGAUUCUCAGCCCCUUGGUCUCGUCCAUCAACACCAUGUCUGCCUGGCACCCUAACGACGUCAGGCCACCAUCGCCUCCAUUGACCCCUCGCCCCUCUGUCGACAUCACCCGAUCCUUCUCAAUGACCGAUAAUGCCGUUACAGGAGCAGUCUCGAAUGCAUGGGGCUUCUUGGGCAAAUUUAAGCGUGGAAACAGGGCUUCGGUGAUCGGCUUUACCAACCCAUCUAGACAGGAGAGCAGCAGCAGCUUGAGCAACUAUACCUCCAACAAGAGCGCCUCGAGCGACCAAUUGGAUAAGACUCGCCAAACCGAAGGACCCUCUAUCGCGUCGCCCAGCACCCCUCAGCCCGAAUCUCUUUCGUCGUCGGCUACCUCAGCAGAUUGGGUUGCAACGGAGACGAGCAACUUUAACGACGAGGGCAUGCCUCUGGGACCCUGGCGCCAGUACGUGGACGAGGACACGACAUUCUUCCUGCCUGGCAAGCCUAGUCUGACGACAGCUCAGCGUCGCAAGCAUUUCCAGACGGAACAGAACCGCAAGGAUUUCACGUUCAAGACGGAUGUUGUUCACGGAUUCGAGUUCUUUUCGCCCCACAUGGACUUUAACACUUUUGAUAUCCGGCUGGGCCUGAGCAUGAAUGUGCGGAAGUUCCUUGGAGGCCAGCCUGUGCGAUACACUUGCAGGACCUUGGAAGGCGAAACUGUCUUCUGGGCUGUUCAAUUCGAGCUGGUCGAUUAA